CACUCCAUAGACGCAGGCGGCGCUGAAACCCUCUCAGCCACCCCUGCUGUCAGCGCUUAGCCGACGGGGGCAGCUCGCAGCUUGAGCCGAGAGAGAGAGGGAGAGUGAGAAAUAUGGUUGGCAAUAUGUGCGGUCGCAAGCUGGCUCGCCGCUCCAAAUCAGCGCUGAUAGUCGCGCUGACAGUUCUCCUGGUUCAGACGCUGAUCGUGUGGAACUUUAGUACCCUGGAUACCGGGGAAGAAGCGGGCGAAGGGGCCAAUAGUAGGCGGGAGAAGAGGGACCAAGUCGGGGGCAUCAACAAAGCCUACAGCCAGUACCCCCGGAGCGGGCUGCCAAAGAGGCAUCACCAACCUCCGCUUGGGAAAACGGUUGUCCGACACAAGCAACAACCGGAGGGCUACCACUCCUGGCGGCCCAAGGAGAAAGUCCUCCUGGAUAGUAACAACAAUGAGAACUCGGUCCCCAAAGACUUUGACACUUUUGUUGACAGCAACAGCAACCUCGGGGCGCAGUCACUGUCUCAGCGCCAGCGAAUGGCAGGAAACGCCGCCAAACACAAACCGGACAAGGCCCUAAGGCAAGGCAUUCUGGGAAAGGCCUUGCCCAAUGAGGUCAACGAGGUUAUUCAGCAGUACACUCUUUCUCCACAGCAGCCCAGAGGAGUGGGACUUAAAGAUAGCCACGCAUACAAACGACCCAAACCUCACUCCCAGCUGUCCACUAAACCCGCUAGACCUUCCCCCUCUCCCUCCAUCAAAACAUCCAAUCAGCAUCAGCGACAUCACCAACCCAGGAAGUUGGUGACUGCGGCUCCUGUGCGGGGGCAGCGGAGGGAGAAGCACCAGUGUGAGAUCAGUGGGAAGGAGGCCAUCUCGGCUCUGUCAAGAGCCAAGACCAGGGAGUGUCGUCAGCAGAUAGCUGAGGUGUACUGCAGACACAAGGACAGGACACUGAUGCCGGAGACCGUCCCUCGAUACUGCACCAUAGAAGGUAAGGCCAAUGUGAAUGUACAGUGGGAUGAGGGCUCAGAGCAGACUGCCCCUUCUGUGCCUGUUCGCAUCGCCUUCGUCUUGGUGGUCCAUGGCAGAGCGUCUCGGCAGUUCCAACGCCUGUUCAAGGCCAUCUACCAUACCUCACACUACUAUUAUAUACAUGUAGACCAGCGUUCCAACUACCUCCACAGACAGGUGGGGGCUCUAGCGAGCCAGUACUCCAACGUCCGUGUUACUUCCUGGAGGAUGUCCACCAUUUGGGGCGGGGCGAGCUUGCUCACCAUGUACCUGCGUAGCAUGGACGACCUUCUCAAGAUGGCCGACUGGAAUUGGGACUUCUUCAUCAAUCUCAGCGCAGCCGACUACCCUAUCAGGACCAAUGAACAGCUGGUGGGCUUCCUGACAAAGUACCGGGACAUGAACUUCAUCAAAUCCCACGGCAGAGACAACACACGGUUCAUCCGUAAGCAGGGUCUGGACCGGCUCUUCUUCGAGUGUGACACACACAUGUGGCGCCUAGGCGACCGCAAGAUCCCAGAAGGCAUUGCGGUGGACGGAGGUUCCGAUUGGUUCCUUCUGAACCGCAUGUUUGUGGAUUACAUCAUCAACUCUGAAGAUGAGCUGGUCGUCAGCAUGAAGCGCUUCUACGCAUACACACUGUUGCCUGCCGAGUCGUUCUUCCACACAGUACUAGAGAACAGUGCUCACUGUGAGAGUAUGGUGGACAACAACCUGCGUAUCACCAACUGGAACAGGAAGCUGGGCUGUAAGUGUCAGUAUAAACAUAUCGUAGACUGGUGUGGCUGCUCCCCCAACGACUUCAAACCUCCUGACCUGCCACGCUUUCAGCAAACGUCCAGGCCUACGUUUUUCGCCCGUAAAUUUGAGGCUAGCGUGAACCAGGAGAUUGUUACACAGCUGGACAGCUUCCUGUUUGGCCCUUAUCCACAGGAGACCCCUGGGCUCCAGUCGUACUGGGAGAAUGUGUACGAUGAGACGGACAGCGUAGCCAGCCUAUCAGACAGCCAGCUCACUCACUACCACGCCUUCACACGCAUGGGCCUAUCACGGGCCGCCACGUCACUGCAGGGCCACCCUGACAACAACAGCUGCAGGUAUAUCUCCAGGGGCCACCCGGUGUCUGUCCAUUUGUACUUCCUGUCAGACGUGUUUCAAGGCUACCUGGUUCGUCAACAUGCUAGUAACCUAGCAACCAGCCAGCUAGAGACCCUAGAGACUUGGGUCUCCCAUAGCAACCACUUCACCCUGGCCCCGACAACCAACACACUCAACAGACUACAGUUCGCAGAGGUGGGUACAGACUGGGACGCCAAAGAGAGAGUCUUCAGGAACUUCGGAAGCCUCCUGGGCCCCACGGAGGAGCCGGUUGCCAUGCAACGCUGGGGCCGGGGACAGAACGUCACGGUAACCGUCGUCUGGGUGGACCCCACCAACGUCAUCGCCGCCACGUACGACAUCCUGGUGGACGGCGGGACAGAGUACACACACUACCGGCCCCCGUUAUCCGUGCCGUUACGACCCGGCGUGUGGACGCUGCGUGUGUUGCAUCACUGGAACCUGCUGGCCUCCACCAGCUUUGUGGUUUCACCUCUGGAGUACCACGACCAGCAGCCUAUACGCCAGGAAGACACAGUGAAGCUCCACAGCGGCCCGGUCCGUAACUCCUACAUGGAGCAGAGUUUCCACGGCCUCAACCCCAUCCUCAACCUCCCUGUGCACCUGGGACAGGUGGAGGAGGCGGAGUUUAAAGCAUCACUGACAGGGGCGGAGCUCCAGAGCUGGGUGGACCAUCUCCUGUCAGGGGUGUGGUCUGCAGCGGACGUGUGUUCUCAGGGUCCUAGCUCCUGUCCCGUUAUGCAGCGGUGUCGGGAGACGGGAUGGAGCGCGCUCAGUCCCGACCCAAAGUCUGAUCUGGGCCCCCCCAGAGGGAGCGGACGGAUUAGGUAGCACCGUCGCCACGGCUACUGCUACAGCCAACCAAUGGCUUGGAGGAUGAACUGACGGGAAAGGUUUUUGUGUGUUGUGCACCACGGCUAUCGUGAGAUGGUCUGCUGCGUCCUAAAUUGCUCCUCCAUUUCCUAUAUCCUGAGUGGACAAAACAUUAAGAAUACCUGUUGUAUCCAUGACUGACCAGGUGAAUCCAGGUGAAAGAUAUAAUCCCUUAUUGAUGUCACCUGUUAAAUCCACUUCAGUCAGUGCAGAUGAAGGGGAGGAGACGGGUUAAAGAAGGAUUUUGAAGCCUUGAGACAAUUGAGACAUGGAUAGUGUGUGUGUGCUAUUCAGAGGGUGAAUGGGCAAGACAACAGAUUUAAGUGACUUUGAACAGGGUAGAGUAGUAGGUGUCAGGCGCACCAGUUUGUGUCAAGAACUGCAACGCUGCUGGGUUUUCACGCUCAACAGUUUCUGUGUGUAUCAAGAACAGUCCACCACCCAAAGGACAUCCAGCCAACUUGACACAACUGUGGGAAGCAUUGGAGUCAACAUGGGCCAGCAUCCCUGUGGAAUGCUUUCAACACCUUGUAGAGUCCAUGUCCUGAUGAAUUGAGGUGUUCUGAGGGUAAAAGGUGGUGCAACUGAAUAUUAGGAAGGUGUUCUUAAUGGUUUUGUACGCUCAGUGUAUAGUGCACUUCCAUAGGGCUCUGAUCAGAAGUAGUGCACUAUAUAGGGAACAGGGUGCCAUUUGGGACGCAGGCGUGGGAGAAGAUUGAAUGCAUUGGAUUACUGUACGAACGGCGCCAACACCAAACAUGGCGUAACUCAGGAGCCAGGUAGUAAAGAAGAUUAGAAGAAAAGCUGUAGACUGAAACCAAGAAGAAAUGAGAUAAGGAGCAGAGUCAUCCUCUUCAGCAUCAGGUGGCGCCACCUGCUGUCUGGGAGGCUAAAAUGACUCUAGGAUUAGUUGGAUUUUAUUUAUUUAUUGAUUGGUGUGUGUCCCAAAAUGGCACCCUUUUCCCUAUGUAGUGCACUACUUUAGACCAGAGCCCUAAGGGGAGUAGGGUGCCAUUUGGGACAAAUACUCAUGCCUGGAGAAGAGGAUGGAGGAACACGACACCGUCCUCUGAAAGGAGAUGGAGGAACACGGCACCGUCCUCUGAAAGGAGAUGGAGGAACACGGCACCGUCCUCUGAAAGGAGAUGGAGGAACACGACACCGUCCUCUGAAAGGAGAUGGAGGAACACGACACCGUCCUCUGAAAGGAGAUGGAGGAACACGACACCGUCCUCUGAAAGGAGAUGGAGGAACACGACACCGUCCUCUGAAAGGAGAUGGAGGAACACGACACCGUCCUCUGAAAGGAGAUGGAGGAACACGACACCGUCCUCUGAAAGGAGAUGGAGGAACACGACACCGUCCUCUGAAAGGAGAUGGAGGAACACGACACCGUCCUCUGAAAGGAGAUGGAGGAACACGACACCGUCCUCUGAAAGGAGAUGGAGGAACACGACACCGUCCUCUGAAAGGAAGGAGAGGAACACGACACCGUCCUCUGAAAGGAAGGAGAGGACUAAAAGGAGAGGAAGACCAGGAGAGAGGAGUGAAAAUACCUCCAUAUUCUCAUUUAUUCUCCUCUGAGCCCCUACUGAACUCAUUUGGACUAAGUGUGUGUGUGCGUGUGUGGGGGG